UGUGACACAGUUCCUCUAAACUGCGUCUCUAGGGACGUGCUCACGAUGAAACUACUGUUUUUACCUAGUAUCUACCUUCUAAUGAUCUCCCAUGCCAUGGCAGUGGACACGAGACAAGUGUCAGGGUUUGUGGGACAGCCUAUCACCUUGAAACCAGGAUGCGCCAACACCUCCACCAUCUCCACCAUCGAGUGGUCCAUCUUCACAAACAACACCUUCAUUGCAACCUUCCGUAACGGAAAGGUGAGGGUUGAUCGCAUUCCACAGUUCCAAGGUCGUCUGAAGCUCAACAAAGACAACGGCGACCUGGAGAUCCGAGAUCUGAAGGAGGGGGACUCCCUGCUCUACACAGCAGAGAUAACGAGCAAAACUGGAGGAAAGCAGCCGAGGAUUGAGAUUCAACUCUCGGUGAAACAGCGCCUGGAGAAGCCCACCAUCACAAUCCUGUUCAACAAGAUGGAGAACGGCUCCUGUGUGAUGGCGCUGCGAUGCUCCUCCCCAUUUCAGGGCACCAACAUCUCCUGGAAAUCUGAACCUUCACUGGUCAACGAAGCCUUCUUUCAGAAAAGUGUCGGCAAUUCCACCGAGCUGUUUGUACUCUUCAAACAAAACGCAUCCCGCCUAACAUGCGUCACGGCCAACGACGACAGCGAGGAGUUUAAAGUUGUAGAAAUGACGUGUCAGGGAGACAAGCCCGUUUUUCGUCCUAUCCCAUAUCACAAACCCUGUAUUUCAGAUUUUGUUAUCUGUCUUAUAUUUGUAUUUGGAGUUAUAGUUGGUGGACUCUUUGCAUACAAGUUUAAUGAAAAACUGAAAAAGAUGGUAGAUAAUUGUAAAGAAAAAUGUAGGGAUAAGAAAUUCAACUGUUUACAAGAUUCAGGAAUCUGAAAACAGUUCAAAAUUAGGCAACUCUUGAAAAUCCUCUUCACCAAGCUAACAUCUACACCCUGAACCAUAAGAAAUACUUUGUUGUUAUUAUGUUUUAAACUUUUUUAAGUACAAGGUAGAUAUGUUGAGGGGGGAGGGGGUGAAUUGUUUCUGUCUAAUGUUAAAUCUUGGUUGUUUAAAACAUAUUUUUAUUCUUUGGCUUUCGAGUCAGUUUAGGGUCACUCGUGCUUACUGUAAUUGUGUUGUUUGUCUGUUGUUCUUAUUUAUUGUUGUUUUGCCCUAUUUGAUGAUUUUGUACAGCACUUUGGUCGGCAUUGGCUGUUUUUAAAUGUGCUCUAUAAAUAAAAAUGACUUGACUUGACU